UUCACAGUCCUUUUAUUUAAAUUAUUUACUAUCAGACUUUUUCUAAAUGUAGAAUUCUGGAAUUUAAAAGAUAAGCUUGUGCCAAUUUACAAAAACAGAAUCUUGACGGUGCAAUUUCAUACCUUUAUGCUUAUGCACAGUUAAAUUAGGAACUAGACAUGUUGAGAGUGAGAGGAGAUAAUUUCCUCGGGAAGGAGUGUGGUAUAGAGGAAGUAAUGGCUUAAAGAAAGAGUCUAAAGAUCUGUGGUAAAAUCUGGAUUCUACCAUUUGAUCUUGACCUUUGCAAAUGAGAACUUCUUCAUUCCUGAGUCUUCAUCCACAGUAUGAUGAUAAAGAUAUUAUCUAGUUGUACCUCAUGGUGGGUACUCAUAUUAAAUGAGGUAACAUGUCAAACAAAACCAAAGACAUUCUAAUCUAUAGAAACAGGGAGCUGAUUAAGUAGGAACUCCCAAUAUCACAUGAAAAUCUUGGCUGGAUCCCUAAGCUACCAUGCACAUCCACUCCUCCGUGUGAGAAUCACAGAAUGUGAGUGCUUCUUGCCCAUCUCUUGUCCCUGCACAGGAUCUGGACACCAUAGAGGAGAUCUAAGAGACCAAGGUGGAAACAAACAUUUCCAAGACUUCUUGGAUUCAGAGUUCCGUAGCUGCCAGUGGGAAAAGGAUCAGCAGAGCCCUCACUUAUAUCAUGGGAGAGAGAGAUGAAAGAGUGUGGGGAGGGCCUUAAAGACAAAUUCCCCGUGUUCCAGCUUCUCGACUGGGUCCUCCGGGGCACAUCUCAGGUGAUGUUUGUGAACAACCCCCUCAGUGGUAUCCUCAUCAUCCUCAGCCUCUUCUUCCAGAACCCUUAGUGGGCCAUCUCAGGCUCAACAACUGUCUCCACAUUGACAACCCUCGUCCUGAGUCAGGACAAAUCUGCCAUAGCGGCAGGACUCCACGGGUAUAACAGGGUGCUGAUGGGGCUGCUCAUGGCCGUGUUCUCUGACAAAGGUGACUAUUACUGGUGGAUUCUGCUCCCUGUCAUUGUGAUGUCCACGUCUUGCCCCAUUUCCUUCAGUGCCCUGCGCACCAUCUUCAGCAAGUGGGACCUUCUGAUUUUCAUGCUGCCCUUCAACAUCACAGUGACCAUGUGCCUGGAAGCCAUGGUAAACUACAAUCACUUCUUUCCCAUAAUGUUGCUUCAGCCUGCAUCUUCCCUGCCCAACAUCACCUGGUCUGAGGUCCAAGUGCCACAGUUUGAAGCCCUGGAGGCACAGUGGUUAAGAGCGAUGGCGACGAGCGACGGCGACGAGCGAGGGCGGCGAGCGACGGCGACGGCGAGCGACGGCGACGAGCGACGGCGACGAGCGACGGCGGACGACAGCGAUAUGCGACGGCCGCUAACCAAAAGAUCAAUAAAAACUAUCCCCUGA